AUGCUGUUCUCUGGUCUUGCUUUGGGGUCCGAUGGCUACAACGCUGCUGUCAUGAGCAAUCUUAAUCUUCUCUUGACGGUCAUCUAUCCCGAUGCUCUGUCAUCAGACAUGAAGGCACGAUUGUCGAACGCUUUCCUGAUUGGAAUGAUAGUGGGCAUGGUCGGAUUUGGUGUCGUGGUCGAUCAAUUGGGCCGCAAGACAGGAGCAGUACUUACCACCUUGAUCCUCCUACUUGGAAUUGCGUUGAGCACUGGUGCGAGUGGAACAUCGCCACUCGGCCUGUUUUGGAUGCUCGUCGUUGCUCGUGGCAUUGCCGGCGUUGGCGCUGGAGGAGAAUACCCUGUGGCUGGUGCCGGUGCUUUAGAGGCUUCUGAUGAAGCAGGCCACUUCAGGAAACGAAGAGGCUUCCUAUUCGCGAUGAUUGGCGAUCUCGCAGCUGGUCUAGGCUACUGCUUCGGAGCAUUGGUGCCACUGCUACUUUUGCUCUGCGUCAACCAGAGAGUCGACAAAUACCACAUCGUCUGGCGGACCGCUCUUGCGGUCGGUGCCGUUCCUCCACUCUCUAUAUUUUAUUUUCGCAUGCGCAUGAAGGUGUCAACCGCCUAUCGCAAGUCAGCGCUUCGCAAGCAAAGAACUCCUUACGUGCUGAUCGCCAAGAAGUACUAUCGAAGACUCUUUGGCGCUGCUCUGGGUUGGUUCCUAUACAACUGGAUCUCGAUUCCAUUUGGAAUCUUCGGUUCGACUAUCGUAUCUCGCAUGAACCCUGAGAACUCGCUCCUCCAAAAUCUAGGGUGGGGCGUUGUUAUCAACGCUUUCUAUCUACCUGGCCCCUUCCUCGGUGGUUACCUGUCGGACAAAAUUGGUCGCAGGAAGACGCAAUGUGUUGGGUACACUGCUCAGGCGAUUUUAGGUUUCGUACUCGGUGGUGCUGGUACGCAGAUACAAACGGUGUUCCCACUUUUCAUCGUCUUAUACGGCAUCUUUCUUACCCUAGGCGAAGUCGGCCCUGGAAGCACUGUAGUGAUUACAGCUACCGAGCCUUUUCCCACCUCGGUGCGAGGUCACACCAUGGGCUUCAUCUCAGCCUGCUCGAAGGCUGGAGCAGCCAUUGGCACUGAGGUCUUUACUGCUAUCAUGGCCUCGUAUACCGAUCCCAACAAGUCAAAUCAGGUCGCGUUCCUAGUCGGAUCAGCUUUCGCUGUCCUAGGUGCCCUGAAUGCUUGGUUCGUUAUCCAAGACGGAUCGAAAGUUCUUGACAACGAAGACGAGAUAUGGAAGGAUUAUCUAGUCGCUAACGGAUGGGAUGCCAACUGGGGUGAUCAUGAAACCGAGGAUCCCAAGCUUACACGGAACCAAGCGCUUCUGCCAACAUCCUAA